AUGUUACGUCCUGGUCGAGCACGCGCUUCUCGAAACGCUCGAUCGGAUCAAACUCAACAGAGAAGGCGGCGGAGUGAACGAACCGCUCAAGCAAGUGCUGAUGAAACCAUCGAUGUGCCCUCAAGUGACAUGAGUGAUGAUUACGACAGUGAUUUAGCCGACUUUAUUGAUGAUGGUACAAUCUCGGAAGGAGAUCAGUCUAUCACGAUUUUGGACACACCAGAAGCUCCUAGAAGGAGGAGACACAGAAGGACCAAUGAAAGUCUUACUGAGCUUCAACGUGAACUUGCAGAACUCCAAGAUUCAACGCGCUCGACAACUCCUGUACCACCGCGUCGUCGCACACGCCUUGAUAAUGCGGAACUCCGAGAGUCAUCGCAUUCAGUAAGUCCCGUACCACCACGCCGUCGCGCUCGCCUUGAUGAUACGGUUUCGCCUAUAAGUGAUGUCCGAAAUGAACCAUCGACUUCUAAUGUACAUAAUGCUCCUCACAGGAUUGAUUGGGAUCAAGAAGACAUCAGUGGCCCAAUGCCUCCUAAAAGCAAUAACGAUCAGCCACUAGAAAAUCAAGUUUUGGGAAACAAUGAUGAAGACGAAGACACUUGUACCAUUUGUUUCGAGGAUUUUACAACAAAUGGGGAGCAUCGAUUAGUUUCUCUGAAAUGUGGACACUUUUUUGGGAAGACUUGUAUUGAGAGAUGGAUUAGAGGAGAGAAAGUGUCACAAUGCCCUCAAUGUAAAACAAAAGCUACACUCAAAGAUGUGCGUCUUCAUUAUGGUAGAACAAUUAAGAUGGCCGAUAACGGGGAGCUUGAAGUGACCAGGAAAGCUCGCGAUGAUUACAAACGGUUGUGCGAGUCGCUAGAAAUUGACGUGGCGCGUCUACAGAAAGCGAUUAAAGACAUGGAAGAAAAGAUGACACAAGCGCAGUAUCCCGAUUUGAUGGUCAAAGGUUUCAAAAAGGGAACUUUCAAAAUUUGCCCUGAUGCUAGACGCGAACUUUCUAUGGAAGGGUGUAAAGCCAUUGACUUUGACGGAACUCUUAUUUUUGUUGCAACAAAGAGAAAUGGCGGUCUUUUUGAGCAAUACUGUUUUACAACGUUAAACUCUGCAUUGAAACAAGGCUCAAUGGUACCGCUUCAUAGUAACAAGAUCCGCUCUAUUUCGAUUUGCCCAUCACAGCCUAACCUAAUUUUGAGUGUUUCGGAAGAUUCCACUGCCAUUAUUUUUGAUUUGACAAUGCAACGACGUUCGCAUACAUUUAAAUUGGGUAUGCCUGGAUGGACUGGUUGUUGGCUAUCGGAUACUGUGUUCGCGGUUGGUUUACAAAAUGGACGCGUCUUGGAGUUUGAUCUGGUACAAUCUGUUCAUCAACAACCACCGGACCUUACGGAUGGUCAGGGCAAUUUUGCAAUUCUUCAUCUGAGCGCAUUUGAUGAGCCUCAACUUUUGCUGAUGGCGUCCUUAAGAAAGGUGAUGGCUCGACAUCGUGGACAACUUGUAACGAUUCUUGAGCAUAAUACCGAUAACUUUCACAAGAUAAGCUGCGUUGCUUCGGAUUCGUCAUCUGGUUCUUUUGUCAUCACAAUACCUGGCAUUCGAGAAAAGAAUCAACCCACGACGCAUCGUCUCUACAAAUUGUGCGAAGAAGGCGCAUUGGUGAAAUGCCAAGAAAUCAGAAGAAUCACUUCGAAAUCGAUGGACUUGCCAUAUAUCCUCUCGUCAUCAUUAUUCAAUUUCGCAGGAUCGCUGGUCUCGAUGGCGUUCGAACCGGAUUUUAAUCGCUUGGCAAUUUACGACUGGAGUGAUAAGCAUAAAGAGGUUUAUUUCGGUAUGCACUCAACGGGACAAGUUAUGGCACUUCGAGCUUAUCCAGUCAACGAAAAAGAGAUGAGACUUUGGGUGUAUAAAAUGAUGUUGGAGAGGUUUGUGGCCACAACCUCAAUCCACUCGACUCCAAUGAUUCGCGCUCUAUUCACAAUCACUUUUUGCCUCGGCGCCACCUAUGCCGCUUUGACUUGCGAUAAACCGACUGGACCGUGCGAGCUCGGAUGUGAUCAGGAUUCGGUUUGUUUCGACAAUGUGAGCUGCUGCAAUUUGUCUGAUGUCCAUUCAAAUGGAAGCACGAUUGCUCCAACCGAUAAACCGGUCACCGAAGCGUGUGCCGAUAAAGUAAACCCGCAAACUGGUGUCUCGGAUUGCCCCAAAAUGAUCAACUAUUGCAAUGUGGCGUCUUAUCAUGAUAUCAUGGUAGAACAAUGCCCAAAAACGUGUGGCUUCUGUGGGUCGGGAACGACGGCUGGCCCUGGAACAUGUGUCGAUAAGAUCAACCCGAUAACCGGUGUCUCGGAUUGCCCUCGAAUGGCCUCUUACUGCUAUGAUCCGAACUACGUCGCUCUGAUGAGAGAUCAAUGUGCCAAGACGUGCCGAUUCUGU